CGCUUCCGAUCAAAUUUUAUGGGGCGAAAACGAAAAUUAGUGCCAAAACCUUCAUAAUCUUUCCUGUUGCUAAAACAAAGACGAAUAUUGAUCGAUAGUGAUGGUGGGAAGCAACAAGCACACAAGGAAUCUGUGUUGUGAAGGAGAACUGGAAGCUACGGUCCCAACCCUCCCUCAAGAAAUCAUUCUAGAGGUUCUCCUUAGAUUACCCGUCAAAUCUCUGUGCAGAUUCAGGUGUGUAUCCAAAUCAUGGCGCUUUAUAAUAUCUAGUCCGCAAUUUGCUAAAACCCACCUCGAUGUGGCUUUCCAAAACAAAACCCUUUUUUCUCGGAGACGGAGGAUCAUUUUCUCUGCUCUCAAUCUCUAUUCUGUCGAGUAUGAAUCUAUGUGUAGCGUUGAUGAUGGCGAUGUUGUAGCUGUUGAGCUUGAUUAUCCUUUGAAAGACAACCCUAAUGCUUUGGGUGAUGUGUUGGGUUCUAAAAAAAAUGACUUGGUGUAUUUUAAAGUGUCUGAAGAUGAAGAUGAGAACCCAGUGAUGGUUAAGGUUGAUGUGCAAUCCUCUGUUAAUCCGAGAAAUUGGGUUGAAAUAUGGGGUUCUUGUAAUGGAUUGGUGUGUAUAGCCCCAGAUGAAGACACCCUUUUCUUAUUUAAUCCAUCUACCGGGGAAUCCAAGAGAAUCCUUGAAGAAUCCUUUUCUGGGCCUGCGACAUGCGGUGUUACUGCAUAUGGGUUUGGUUAUGAUUCAACUAGUGAUGAUUAUAAGGUGGUGAGAAUUGAUACUGAUUCUUCGUUCAGUGUUUAUUCAUCGCGAACUGAUUCUUGGAGAAGAAUUGGGACCUUCCCUUACGAUUGCUCUGUGUAUAAUUCCGGGAUGUUUCUUCAUGGAGCUCUUCACUGGGUGGCUACCAGUAGGGAAGAUGAAGAUGACAAGUACGUAGUUUCAGUGUUUGAUUUGAGAGAGGAGUUGUUCUGGGGCAUGCCAGCACCAGAUGUUGAUGAUAGUUUUGAAUUUGCGGUAGGAACCCUGAAUGGAUGUCUUUGUAUACUUUAUAGCCGUGAUGAUUUGCAUGAUGAUUUUUGGGUGAUGCGUGAAUAUGGGGUUGGUGACUCAUGGGCUAGGUUUAGUAUCAGCCUGCCAUACAUUUGCAUGAAGCCACUGUGCUUGGCAAAGAAUGGAGAAGCUUUACUGGAGGUAGAUGGAAGAUUAGUCCAGUACAAUUUGGAAGAGGACACAUAUAAGGUGCUAGGGAUUCAAGGAAUUCCAGUUGGAGUUGGAUUUGAAGCAGAUACCUACAUAGAGAGCCUUACUUCACCUAACGGUUUCUUUGGGAGGGAAUUUCAGAUGUAUAAUUAGCUAUGUGCUUGUCAUGUAUCAGUAGAAGAAUGCUAGAAAGAGGUGAGAGGAAUAAUAUACCUGCAUGUUAUUCGGCUACUGUUUAUACUUCAAUUUCAUGUAAUAUUGGAUCAGCUAAAUACCUUCUUGUACCAUCAUUUCUUUGUGUGGAUAUCUGAUUUCUAGGACAUACAAUUACCAAUAGAAUUCCAGACCCUUUUUCAGGA